AUGUCGGAGAUCCGCCGCGACGUGCCGGAGGGGGCGGGGGCGGGGGCGGGGGCGGAGGGCAAGGGCGCCGAGUCCCACGUCGGCAGCCGGGCCGCGCGGCGCCGGAGGAUGGAGAUACGGCGGCAUAGACUGGUGGCCGAGCGUGGCGCGGAGGAGACCUCCAGGAAGAGGCGGAAGCUGGAGGAGGAAUCCUCUUCGACGGACGAGGAGGAGAUCGAGCCCGCCAGGUACGGCGUGACUUCGGUGUGCGGACGCCGGAGGGACAUGGAGGACGCCGUGUCUAUCCGGCCCGAGUUCCUCCCCGGCCACCACUUCUUCGGGGUCUUCGACGGCCAUGGCUGCUCGCAUGUUGCAACGUCGUGCGGGGAGCGGAUGCACGAGAUCGUCGCCGAGGAGGCCGGCGGCGCCCGCUCGUCGGGGUCGGACGACGCGGAGCGGUGGAUGGGUGUCAUGGAGAGGAGCUUCGCGCGGAUGGACGCCGAGGCCGUGAGCUCAAGGUCAAGGGCCAGCGGAGCGCCCACCUGCCGGUGCGAGUUGCAGCUGCCCAAGUGCGACCACGUCGGCUCCACGGCCGUCGUCGCCGUCGUCGGCCCUCGCCACCUCAUCGUCGCCAACUGCGGUGACAGCCGUGCAGUCAUCGGCCGCGGGGGCGCCGCCAUCCCACUGUCAUCCGACCACAAGCCGGAUCGGCCCGACGAGUUCGAGCGGAUCCAAGCGGCCGGAGGGCGCGUCAUCUUCUGGGACGGCGCCCGCGUCUUCGGCGUGCUCGCCAUGUCCCGGGCCAUCGGAGACAGCUACCUGAAGCCAUUCGUGAUAGCCGACCCGGAGGUGCGGGUCAUGGAGAGGAAGGACGGCGAGGACGAGUUCCUCAUCCUCGCCAGCGACGGCCUGUGGGACGUGGUGAGCAACGAGGUGGCGUGCCACGUGGUGCGGUCGUGCGUGCGGAGCAAGGCGAAGCGCCGCGGCGGCCGGUCGAGCCCGACCUCCAACCUGAGCCCUAGGCAGAGCAGUGGAAGCGGCAGCGGCAGCGGUAGCAGCAGCGGCGACGAAGCCCAGAACGACGGGGGCGGUUGUGCCGACGCACGCUCCGAGAGCGACGAGGAGAGCGGCGAGGAGGUGGACGAGGCAUGCGCCGAGGCGGCCAUCCUGCUGACCAAGCUGGCGAUAGCGCGGCAGAGCCCGGACAACGUCAGCGUCGUCGUCGUCAACCUCAGGAGGCGCCGCCCGAGAUUCUGA